GUCUUCGCCAAGAUGGUGAACGUCUUGUAACUCUCACUCGCAAGGCUGUCUGCAGCAGCUUUGACAAUCGGACAUGUCCGGACGAAGGAGUAAGUGACUAAGUGAGUGCCGAUGAAAGUGUCGAUCGUCGUUAACGUACUGAAGACAAGUGUCGAAAACUUGAUUAACGCGGCUAAAAAUAGUAAAAGGGAUCGUUUUAAUUAAUCGAUAUUAUUAUGGACCUCCGUGGUGGCAGAAAGUGCGAAGACCUUUGACAUCUUUGAACCAUAUUGGAGGCUUGGCCGUGUAUAGUUGCUGUCACCGGAAAGGUAUGUUGCCGCCACCGCUGACUACUACCGCUCCUGCUACUGCUACUGCUGCUGUUGCUGCUGCUUCUGCUGCUGCUGCAUGCAGCAUAACGAUUAAUACACUGACUCGCCAUGGUCUCCAGACGAAAAAUUCUUUCCCGUUCGCGAGACAACCUUGCCGAGUACGAGGAGCAGGAAGAAGAGGAUGUGUGGUAUAAUUUGGAUAAGCUGUACAAGGAUCACAUACAGGAGGUCUUAGACAAAUGGAACCAGAUAGAUGAUGAAAUAUGGGCGAAAGUUAUUGUCUUCGAAAGAAACAGACGUGUGGCUAAGGCGUAUGCAAGGGCGCCUGUACUAACCAUAAAUGGAUCGAACGAAGGUUUCGACGGCUACCGGAUAGGACUGUGCGGUUUCGACAAUCCGAUGCGAGAUUCGAAAACGGACGAAGCCAAGAGACACAUAAAUCAAGGUGUAAAGCUAAAAAUGGACAAUGAAGGCAACAUCCAAAUAAAACGCUUGUGCAAGAGUAAUGUAUACAUAAAAGCAACACAUCCGGAAGACAAUGCCAUUGGUUCAGAAAUAAUACGUAAUUCACAAGGUGCAUUAGAACAUGAAAAGCCUGGAAAGUUGUUCGACAUUGACAAAUACGAAACAAACUUAUCCAGAGAAACAAGAAGAGCGUAUCCAGAUAGACGAAGAUUAGAAACGCAAUGUUUAAGCGCCAUUGUAUUUGUACGUACCGAGGCUGACUUAUUGCAAUGCCCUGUCUGGGCUCUAAUCGUAAACGUAGUAGGACUUGAUAUGUUAAAGUCAAAAUUACCACCAGUUCUAGCGCUCCAAAGGCCCGUAGAUAUAAAGAACCGGCCGAGAAUACCAAUUCCAGAUGAAGACCCCUAUAGCGUAGCCGGAGUCUCGUCUUCGGGUCAAAGUGAAGAUCCGCAAACUAGUAGAGACACCAGAGCACAAGUUUAUAUGCCAUCGUCGAGUUAUCAUCCCCGUCGUCCUGAGAAACCGCCUAAGCUGCCACCCAGAGAAAAUCUCUACGGUCAUGACAUUCCUAAGCCGGAUUAUGAUGACAUCGAGGAUGACUAUGCGAGUGCUAUGAGACCUUCGGUUAUGGUGGGCGAUGAAAAGAAGAGUAAAAGAGAUGACAGUAAGAAAUAUGAUGAUCCGUAUUAUUGUGGGCUUAGAGCACGCGUACCAAACUUCGUGAAAAUGGCAAAGAACGGCCAGAACAAAGUUUCUUCACCGUAUGGACAUAUAAGACCUCAACCAGCACCUGCAUACGUUAGUAGCGGAUAUGUGAGCAGUCAGUCUUCACAAAUAUAUGGGCAUCAUGUGCCAGCAAAAAGACCACCGAUUAUGUACCACGCAAGAAGCUUUGAGAGCGGACUCGAUUCGGACGACAGAAUUGAUUCCCCGUACAACCAUAUUUAUGGUAGGUUACCCAUCCCGACGAGGGGCCUGAUACCGGCACCACGUGCUAUGUAUAUCGGAGAAUGGGAUUAAGAUUAAGUAAUAUCUUCGUAUUUGUACUUACAAACUGUAUAUUGUUAAUAUACCAUAUAAAUACUCAUAUUUUUUAUGCCAG